AUGAGUUUUUUCAGCGGCAUCCGGCAAUGGCUCCCAAGCAUACAUUGGCUGCUAGGCCCACCUGAACCAACUCGCCCCUUCACACCAACAACCUACGCCGACGUAUGUCGCGCCCGCGCCGCGCUCAAGACCCUCAAACUACCCACCGAGCUGGUCCUCAGCAUACUAGAGCACGCGCAAUACUGGCCAGUCGUAGAGAUUUUCCAGUCAGGCCGAAAGAUCGUCGCCCGCGCCGGCAUGAACAACCCGUCAGCAGCAACUCUCUGUCUCGGAGCCAACCCCUACUCCACCCCCAUCGUGGAAGAAGCCAAACUAGGCGGCGAAACAGCAAAAAUUAAGCGCAUCGACUUCGAUAUCAUGAGUAAAGACCAAGGCUGGACGAGCGAGAACACGCAGGGUACUUUUUCCACAUCGUCAUGGCUUGAAGUGUCCAUCCUGCGCGAUGCAUCGAAUAUCAACAGUCUACUUCCUGCCCCACGCUUGUAUCCUGGAUGGCAGUGCAAUGUUGACGGUGUUGCUAUCACUAUUCACUAUGGAUUCUGA